GUAAUUCUCACUUUCAAGUAUGAGCGCUCUUCAGUUCGUGUUUGUGGUCGUGGUAGCGGCGUUUGCUGCGUUUCUAGGGUACCAGGUCCGUCUGUCCACUAUCAAACCAGACAUGACCUCAAGAAUUAUCCGUGACAUGUCUCCAGACCAGGAAUUGGUUAAACACUCCAAAGAAUUUCAGAAAAAGGAAAUUAAAAAGGUUAUGGACAAUAUUUACAUGGGGAUUGGGUAUGCCUUAGGCAAAAUGGUGAUUGCCCCUGAUGGACUUAUCAUUGUUGACGUCACUGAAAGUAGCCUAGCUGCCAAAGAGAUUUUAACGGAGUUUCGAAAAAUCACAAAGAAGCCCAUAAAAGCAAUUAUUUACACACAUCAUCACACCGAUCAUAUUGGUGGUGUAGGGGGUUUUAUUGAGGAUCCUUCCAACUUGCCAGACAUUUGGGCACACGAACAGUUACCGCAAGAGAUUAGGAAGUUCCACACUACCGCUUACGGAGCUAAGUUCAAGCGAUCCAUGCGUCAAUUUGGAACAUUUGUCACCAAAGACAAGUUUCAGAAUGCUGGUAUAGGAAUCCAGUUGAAUUAUGGGAAAGACAAAGAUUCCAUGGGGCUUAUCCUCCCAAAUAAACUUUUAAGGGAUAUGGAAAUGGACAUUAAUAUUGCAGGAUUAGACGUUCGUCUUUUGAAAAUACCAGGAGAAACAAGUGAUCAAAUCGGUCUUUGGAUCCCAUCUUUUCAGGCCUUUAUGUGUGCAGAUGACGUAUACAGGGCAUUUCCGAACAUAUACACCAUACGAGGAGCCCCUGCGAGAGAUCCAGUGGACUGGUAUACUUCAGUGCAAAGAAUGCUAGAUUUAGAACCAGAAUAUCUUGUUCCAAGCCAUACACAACCAAUAAUAGGCAAGGAAAAUGUCCGAGGAGUCCUGGAAGUAUACAGAGAUGGCAUUCAAUUUGUCCACGAUCAAGCAGUUAGGUUCAUCAACAAGGGUUUUUCACCUGAUGAUGUUGUCAAGCACGUGGUCAUGCCUGAAAAACUUCGUUUGCAUCCUCACUUAAGAGAAUUUUACGGCACAGUACCUUGGUCAGUAAAAGGGGUGUUUCAACUUUAUCUUGGUUGGUUUAGUGGUGAUCCAGUGGACCUCUUUCCUCUAUCCAAUACUGACAAAGCAAGCCGUGUGGUGGCGCUUGCUGGUGGUGUGUCAGAGACCUUGAACUCGGCAAUCAAAGCGUGGAAUGAUAAUGAUAUCCAAUGGGCCUUGGAGCUUGCCUCGUACAUCCUAGUUGUUGACGAUCGAAAUGUUGAGGCAAGAAAAAUCAAAGUGGAUUGUCUCACUCUUCUUGGAAUUAGAAACAUCAAUGCCAUUGCCAGUAACUACUACUUGACGAGUGCUCUUGAAACAUCAGGAAACGUUCAAAUAAAACUGGAAAACAAACAUCGUCAGGAGAUCAUCACAGCACUAGGACCUCGGGAACUGUUUGAACUUGUAUCUUCUAUGUACAAAUACGAUGAAUGCGGAGGUCGUUCCGAUAUUGUGGUAUUUGUAAUCAAGGAUUUAAACCAACAAUAUACAAUACAGCUUCGUAACUAUGUUGCUAUUGUCAGAAGUGACAUUACACCUAAGAAAUACGACAUAAAAGUGAUUGCGUCCGAGAAAGCCUUGAAGAAAAUGAUGAUAGAAAAAAUUGUAAAUGUACAGUUGAAAGACUUGGGUGAUUUCAGUCUUGAAGGUAAUGAGGAAAAGUUUAGAAGUUUUAUGGCCUGUUUUGAAUCUGAUUGGAAUAAGUGAAUCUUGAAUCUACAUGUGGUUACUGUUGAAAUAUUUUUGUUAGAUGCACAUCACUUAAUUGUUUUUUGUAAAAUGUUCUACAGUCUGUAUAGUUGUAUACUUUUUCAGUUUUCACUUCUGCAUU